AAUUGUGACGUGAUUCGUUGUUAUCCAGUUUCAAUGAAUGGUCAAAGCGAUGUCCUAAGUGUUUCAACUUCAGACAAAAAGGUGAACCAUAUCUUCAUUCCUAGUCAGUCAGGCAAAGACAGAAUCUCUACUAACCCUACUCAGGUUCGAAAACCAGCUGAUAAAUACUUCAUUACCAGAAGUAUAUUGAAAAAUGGAGAUGAAGGAUAUUUCGUUCCAUCGGGUACUUCAGUGAGCACUUUGAAAUCAGACUUAAAAUAUAUGGUGAGUGAUGACUGCAGAGACGAUAUGCAGGAUUUUGAACUUACUAACUUAGAGUAUGAUGCAAAGCAGCAAAACGUGUACCUGCUUUCAGACAACUCUAAAGAAAAUCACCAUGGAAUUUUAAAUUCAAAUAAGCUGCAAAAUGUCGACUUUAAGUUGAUUCAAAGUAGGAAAAAAAGACUGAUUGAAAAUAGUGAGACAAAUGGACUCUUGCCUCUAUCAAAAAGAAGAAAAAUAAUGGAUGAUCUAACCAAUGUUUUCACUCUUGAUUUGCCAACUAUGAACCUCCCUGAUAUCAAGGAAAAAGACUUUAAAACGACUACGAUCUCCCGAAUGGCGAAAACAGAAUAUUUCAAAUGCCCUCAAAUUGCAAAAAUCGAAGAGUGGUUUGACGAUAAUGAAGACGUAUCUGGGAAUGAAUAUAAUCCUAUUCCGAAAGGGAGGUUCUUCUCCCCAUUCCCAUUGCCAAUGAUAAACUCGAACAAAUCGAUUGUAGAAGAAAUUGAUCGUUGUUUGGCCUGCGAUAUGAAUUCGGAAAUGUCUUAUUCGGAAGAUUUUUAUUCACCAGACAUCAAACGCUACCGGAGAAUUUCUACAUUACACAGCCCUGUUUCCCAAGUGGAUGGCCCUAUUUCAUCUAUUCCAAGGGUGAUUGAAAAUGAAAAUGAAACUACCACUCCCGUUUGUGGUAACAUAGAGAACAAUUACCCAGAUGCUAAAGCUGAUCGUCAUGAAAGAACAUUAUCAUCUACUAAUGCAAUAAAACGCUCCCUCACCGAAGAAUUCAUAAGAGUUCCUUGUAAAGGAACAGCACAUUCAUCAGAUCAGUGCUCUUCCUUUACAGGCAAAUUGCAAUCUUUUAGAAAAGGGAGCAAAACGAAAAUUCAAAGGUACGACUACCCCUACUGUGCCGCCAAGAUCUGUUUAACGCCAGUAGGUGCGUCGAUCGAUUGGAUCUGUUGUGAUACUUGCGAAAAGUGGUAUCAUCAAAUCUGCCUUCGAUUAAAGACCCUACCAAAAGGCCACUACGAAUGUCCUUCUUGCUCAAAAGCCAAGAACAAAUAA